UAAAAUGGGAUGUGCGAAAAACCGCGCCAUUUGUGAACAUUUAAAGACGGGUUUAUAAACAAACAUUGUGAAUUUAAAAAUAGUGAUAUUCUUUUUGUUAAAUUAACUCCUGUAGACGCAUAUUUUCUAUAAUGAAUAAACCAAGUUACUAUCCUAAUUAUUAUUCAAUUGACGACAUAAUGGUUACUCAAGAACGGAUUCCUUCCCGUACAAUUCAUCACCUCUACCAAAUGGGUUUCCUGGACAGCUCGGAAAAAUCUGAGCAUCUGGAGCCGAACCAACAACUUGAGCUUCCGUUAUGGUAUCUUUUGCAGCAGGAUGACCGUAAUCCUAACUUCGAAUUGGUAAUUCCGGACAUUUUUACCACGGCCUACAAGGAAAUCUACAAAGCAGAUGCCAACUAUGUAGAGCUGGGGAAGCUCAACAAAUUCUACUACGAACUUGGAAUGUAUCUGUGCCGAUUUUCUAACAGUGACGACCUCGCGGAGAUGCUCUUCGAUACCGCCCAGGAACGCAUCAAGGGAAUCAAAGAUAUGUGCAACAACGUCAGCAGUGAAAAUCUGACUGACAACAAAAAGCUGGAAUACAUCGAACGGAUGCUGUACGAAGAGGGUAGUCGAAGUCAUAAAAUGUUUUCGGACUGGUUGCAGGAAAAGGCUGUGAAUAUCAAAUCAACAGAACUAGUUACCAACCACCGAAAGAGAAAACGUGACGCAUUAGACGGUGAAGAGGGAAUUUCUGCUUCUCAAAUGUCCCAAUCAUCUCAACAGUCAUCUUUAUGAUUGAAAGCCAGAGAUGAAGAAAUGAAUAAUGUUUGACUAAUAAAUUGUGUUUCAUCAAUA